AUGACCUCCGAUGUCGAACUCAGCAAAGUUAAGACGUUACUUACUUCAGCUCGCGACGCGCCAGUGCACACUGCGGAUGCAACGGAUGACGUUCUUGGGCCGAUAUAUUCAUAUUUGAUGAAGAUUCCCCCAUCCGCAUCUGACCAAACCUACCACUGGUUCUGCAGUCGCGCCAACCAGCUUACUAUUGGCGCCGCUACAUUCUUACUAAGGCUAUUUGCAUACGAUAGCCCUAAAGUGGACGCUUGGAAAAGAAGGUUGAAGUCUUGUCUUGCAGGAUGUUGUCAAUGUAUCAAGGGAUUGGGGGAAGUGAAGGCUAGCUCUCGGAAAACCUAUUUUGGCGCAUUCUCUGACGAUGUGAUCAGAGGAUUUUAUAGCAAGUUUGAUGAUUGGGAACUAUCCGUGGUCGUAGAGGCCCUCGUGCGUUCGGGAAUAGACCUGUCCGACUCUAGAUUGGCUGCCCGGACGCCUCAGGAAGUGCCACAACCUGUGUUAUACCACAUGGUCUCAAACAUGCGCGUCUUUCGCGAUCCUCGGGUCUUCUCCUUGAUUCGUGCAUGCCCACCUAUCUCAGAUUGGCCACUGGUUCCGCCUCCCCCGGGCCUUUUUAUACUCGUAAUGGAUGGUUCCUCUGACGUUAGACAGUGGGCGAAGGCGCAAAUCACCAAAAGCACCCAGGUUCCAAUGUUAGAGCACCAGUUCGUUGCAGGACAUGAAUUGACGCUGGAGGCGGUUAUCAGUGCCUUGACAAUGUCAUGCGAAGGUCAAGGAACGACGACGGACAGUGUAUUACCGUACAUGUUCUCCUCCGACUCAAGCGAACUUUGGGCUGGAUUUAGCCAAAUCCUACGACAUCUUCCAACAGAGGUUCUUGCAAAGUCAUCUGAAGGAAUGGGCUGUCGGAGAAUCGUGACAGGCCACCUACACGAUAUUGGGCGACAGUUUUCUGACAUCUUACGGUGCCUACUCUUCUUGCUCAAGCGUUUAGGCAAUCAGUUGUGGCAAGGCGAGGGCCCAGAGUAUCCCCAAGUCGUUUUUGAUGCAAUUAAGGACAACACUUCCUUCUGCGACAUGCUGCAGGACCUCAAGUCAGCAGACGAGAAACCAUGGUUCUUGUCAUGGUUCGGGGAGUAUCUUACAUCAAUAUCCGAUUCUGCCAUGUAUGCGGACGUUCUAGCAAGAAUCGUAGAUUUCCUUUGCGAGGAAUUACAGCACGAGCGGUUUCAGGAAGCACGUCCAGCGGUCAUGCAUUCCGCCGUCCGAUUACUGGCCUCCCAGGUGCGGAAAACUCAGUCGGAAGAGACGUCGCAACGUCGUAUGGCAGUUUCAAGCGUGCUCGACAUUCAUGCCGAGGUCUUCAUUUCGGUGGCGUUUGGUCGCUCAUACGCAAAUUCGCAGUGGAAAGAAGUACGCAGCGCUGCUCGUGAGCUCAUCACGACUUCCUUGACUCGAGACGCCAGUGAAAUCGCCAAAUCUAUCACAACCUCCUGCGAGUUCUUGGCAGGACGCACGAAUGUGUUCCCCGUCUGUACUAUCAGAGAACAAAUGUGGAAGAAGACAUAUGAAUCUCUACAGACAAAUGAUACAGAUGGCGUUGUUGCCAUCAUUGCCAUUAUCGCCGAGUUCUCUCACAUUGACUUCUUGAACAAAGUGGCGUACAGACAUGUUCGUUCGAGCCCGGAUGCCCAGGCCUUUGAUGCCAUCAAUCGAUGCCUCACUAUCUCACGAAGCGGAUUUCUUGAUGUAGUAUCCAAGCUCGCGAACUACAACCAGACGUCAUUCGUUCUUGAUGUCCUACAUCGACCUGGAGUCGCACGUGAUGUCAUGGUCCUCAUGCUGUCUCCCAUUGAAGACCUCCAAGGCGCUGCAAAGACGCUUGUUGGUCAAGCAUUUGAUGUCGACAUUCGGAUUGAUUGCUUCCGCGCCCUUUUCUCCAACCUCCCAGACUCUUCGUUUGAGGGCAUUUUCAGCAUCCUGGAACGAUACGUUCAUUACGCACCACAUGUACCGGAAGCCUGCAGUCUUUCCAAGUCGCUGGUGCAGUGUCUCACCGACGUCAUUGAGGUCUUGUGCUCCAGUCCAGAAGGACUGUUACACAAUGACUUGUUCCUGCGGCCGAAAGACAAGGAAGGGCCAGCAACACAAAUACCUCGACUGUGGAACUUGAUGACACGGUCCCUCACCGUGAUAUUCAAACGCACACCGCUUUGGUCAGACUACUUUGAAAUUCCGGACAUGACGGUGUGGAUGCGAGAUGCGCUCAUAUUCGGGAGAGAUCUGCUGGCACAAUGGAGAGUAAUGGAGUCUGCCAGCGUCACUGUCACAGAUGAAUCAUCCUCAUUAGUGACUGGCAGUUUUCGAAAACUUUCUCGAAUGGGGAAGAACAUGAUGGGCGACCUGCAGCCAGUGGUUUCAGAGCUAGCACGGUGGAUGCGGCUCUCUGAUGAAGAGCUUCUCCAUCAGUCCUUUGCGUUGCUUCAGACGGUCCUCGAAUGUUUUCGGACAACUCGCGUCCCUCCAUCGAAAGCUACCCUUGCCAAACUGAACAAGCACGUCGAGGAUUUCCGCAAGAACACAUCUGGCGCUGUAAAGACAAAACUUGACUCAAGUCGAAUAGCCCAGUUAGAGGACGCACUGGCCUCGUUUGAGGAGGAAGAAGUUGAAGUUGUUUCCGUGGUUCGCGCGUCGAAGGCUCGACCUACCCAACCCCACAAACCCCCACCGCAGAAAGCACAGGCGGCAGCACGAAAGCCGAGUGACUUUGUUCCCCGGAAACCUGCUGAGAAUGAACAACUCAAACCCGAGGUUAUGAAAGGCGCGUUUCCCAAGUUCCAGCGGCUAUCAACAAGCACGUCGACGAGCGUCAGUAAACCACCAAUUGGGAGUAGUAUUCUUCCCACAGCUCCCGCCUCAGAGGAUUCCAGUGAUUCCGGAUCUGAGGCUGAAGGCAUGCAGAGCGGUCUGGCCGCCUUGGGCAAAUUCCAGCGAUCACCAAAAGUCAAGAAGCCUGUGGAAAGACGCCAAGUGAAGUUGUUGGACAUUCAAAACCAAGCCAAGAGUGCAACUAUGGAGCGUCUCCAGCGUCGAGAAGAUGCCCGUCGCCGGGCACUGCGUUUAAAACCAGACACCACCGGACUGCAUCGUACUCUCCUAUCUUGGAAUUACGACCACGAUGGUCCUGACCCUCCCACCGUCGGUGGGAAAACUCCGUUGCUUCAUGUUCCUGACACCUUCCAGGACUAUCAGCACUAUCUCCGAGUCUUUGAGCCCUUGUUACUCCUCGAGUGUUGGUCGCAAAUUGUCCAAUCCAAAGAAGAGGUACAAGGGGUGUAUGAUUGCAGAAUCACUUCCAAACAGUUCACCGAUGAUUUCGUUGACCUUGACGCAACUAUCUCGGAGCCUGUCCAGAAAGACUGGCGACUAGGAGAGACGGAUGUUGUGUUGCUUCGGCACCCAGAGGGUAAAAAGUCAAUCAUGAUGAAGGUUCGGAGCUUUAGGUCCAGUCCAUUUGGAUCGCAGAUGAGUCUCCGGUGCUUCAUGCACCCCACUAUGGGCGACAUAGGUCUGCAGAUCAACACUGUUUGGAGCCUGAAGAAGAUUUUCAGCUUGAGCACUCUUCACCGGGAGUAUGGCGCUCUCGUGGCACUACCUCACUACGAUCUCUUCCAAAUGAUAUUAACUCCGAAACUCUCUGCUACGCCACCCAUUGAGCAACGCGAGGUACAGCACACCAUGUCCGCGUACAAUGUCAAUGAGCCACAAGCACGAGCUAUAAUAGGCUCACUCAAGGCAGAUGGUUUUGCGCUCAUUCAAGGACCUCCCGGAACUGGCAAGACAUCAACCAUCUGCGGUCUCGUCGAAGCGUUUCUUCAUAAGCGUCCACGUGCUGUGACGUCCAUUCAUGUUGGGAAGACCGCAGCGUCUUCAGAGCCCGUGAAGAAGAUCUUACUCUGCGCACCUAGCAAUGCUGCCAUCAACGAAAUUGCUAGCCGUCUCAAAGAAGGAUACAGAGGCCCUCAACGGAAAGCGAGUUCCCUGAAAGUAGUCCGAAUUGGAACAGAGAAGGCUAUCGACAUCAGCGUGAAAGACAUUUCCCUCGACUACUUGGUAGAACAAAAGCUCAAUGGCCAAACUCCCAACGACACUUCCAAGGAUGCGAACAGCGAAAUCAACGUGCUACGAGGUGAAAUCGAGCAAGUCAAGCAGAUCAAACAGCAGAAAUUGGAUGAGCUGGCCUCUGUUCGCGACAACAAUGCCCGGAUGGUGGUCCUAGAGGAAGAAAUCAAGAAACUAAACUCUCGACGGAUGACGCUGACACAGCAGUUUGACCGGUUGAAAGAUAAACAAAAAUCGGAUUCUAGGACACUCGAUGCUGUACGGAGGCGCGUCAGGACGGAGGUUCUUCAAGAGGCAGACGUCAUUUGCAGCACUCUGUCAGGUGCAGGCCAUGAAACGCUCGAACAACUCGAUUUCGAAAUGGUCAUCAUCGACGAAGCAGCCCAGUCCAUCGAGUUGAGCUCAUUGAUACCACUCAAGUUUCGUUGCCAAAGGUGCAUCAUGGUCGGUGAUCCACAACAACUUCCCCCCACAGUUUUGUCCCAGGAGGCUUGCAAGUACCAGUAUAAUCAAUCGCUCUUCGUGCGCCUUCAGAAACACCGCCCGGAUGCCGUUCACCUCCUCAGCAUCCAAUACCGCAUGCACCCUGACAUUAGUCGUCUUCCUAGCAGGAUUUUCUACCAAGGCCGGCUCUUGGAUGGCCCCGACAUGGACGUCAAAACAAAACAGCCGUGGCAUUCGCAUCCUAAAUUUGGCACGUAUAGGUUCUUCAACAACACUACGGAGAGUCAAGUUGCCCUCGCCUUGUACGCACGCUUGUGUAAGGAGUUUUCCGCCGUAGACUUUGACUUCCGAGUUGGCGUGGUUUCCAUGUACCGUGGUCAAGUUUUAGAGCUUCAACGAGCUUUUGAACAACGAUUUGGGAGAGAUAUCAAGGACAAGAUACACUUCCAUACUGUCGAUGGAUUCCAGGGACAAGAGAAGGAUGUGAUUAUCCUUUCUUGUGUCCGUGCUGGUCCUGGACUGCAAUCUGUUGGUUUCCUGUCGGACGUUCGGAGAAUGAAUGUCGCUAUAACUCGUGCACGUUCAUCUCUCUUUAUUCUGGGCCAUGCGCCUACUCUCGAGCGAAGCGACGAGAAUUGGCGCAAAGUGAUCCAGGAUGCUCGCGAUAGGUCAUUGCUGACGGAGGCGAAUGUCACUCCUAAGAGCUUUGCUGAGUCUAGUCGUCGGCCUCCCUCCUCAAAACCUUCCCAGACAAUCGAUGAGCAACCGCCGAUAAAUGAUCCUCCUGCAGACCUGGCUAUUCCCAGCGAUGUUGGACAGAAGCGUCGUUUGGUUGAAGGUGUGAAUGGCGAACCUUCCACCUCUAGACCACAUGAAACCAGGACAAUGCAGCCACCCCAGAAGCGCUUUAAGAAGGAGAAAGGUAGCAUCUUUAUACCCAAAAAGAACAAGCCUGGAAAGCCAUAG